AAUUAAUACAGAGAAAGAGAGAAAAACGCGACUGCGUAAAUGACUUUUGGAUGACGCCAUCUUUUCUCAAACACCACAACUUAAAAAAAGAAAAAGUCGAUGCUGUGCUAAGUACGAGUCAUAUCCUCUCCUAUAAAUUAAUUCCCUUCGUUUACAUUUCUAGAUUACUACAAUCUUAAUCUAAUAUCCUUCAUGGCUGAAGAGGUAGAAGAAUUCCAAGAGUCGGAGGUUAUAUUUUCCGAUCUCCGUAGCUGCCGUUACGAGGAGGCUGAUGAUGGGUGCUUCGGAUUCUCUAAAAGACUGAACUCCGGUAAGUUCGAGAAAAACAGUACCGAGAAGAAGAUGGCAGACUGUUCGCUUCCUGUUAACGUUUCGCGCCGCCGUCGGCACUGUUUUACUGUUUUUGAUUACGGCGGCGAAGCCGAUGAAUUGGAGGGAGGGGAAUUAGUGCCACCGCAUGUGAUAUUGGAGAGCAGAGUUGCUGGGAAAAUGGCGUUUUCGGUUUGUAGUGGCAAUGGAAGGACGCUUAAAGGAAGGGAUUUGUGUCAAGUUCGAAAUUCGGUUCUUAGAAUGACUGGGUUUUUAGAAGCAUAAACAUUGUUCAAAUCUUUUCUUCCUAUUAUUCCUUUUGUAGUGUUCAUUUCAGAAUUAAAAAAAAAAAAGACGGAGUUCCUUUGUUACCAGCAGACAGGGAAAACUGGAGUUAUUCUCAGCUGCAAAAUUCUGCGACAUUGCUAGGAGUGUUUUUCUUUUAAUGGAUAUUAAACUUCCAAAA